AUGGAAAACAAACAGUGUAGGUUACUUUUCAGUGAUUGUUGCAAAGGAGAAGAUUUUGUUAAUACUAAUAGUAAUCUUUUAAAUGAGAAAGAAUAUAAUCAGGUAUAUUAUAACAAUGGAGAAACUUAUAUAUAUGAAAAUAAUGAAAUACCAAUAAUAAAUGUUCAAGGAGAUCAGCCUGUAUUUAAUAUUCCUGUUUAUCAAGAUAAGUAUCUUCGUGAUAAAAUAAUAGAAAUACCAAAAUAUGAAAUUCAAGAUGUAGUACAACCAAAAUAUUACAGUCAAGAGACAAAACAUGACGUACCUACUGUUGAACUAUUAUACAAAGAAAAAACUGUAAAUAUCCCUCAGAAAAAAGUAAUUGAAACUCCUAUAGAAGUAGAUGUACCAAUUGGAUAUAAGCCAAUUUUUUCUCCUAUUUGGGAUGUAAGAGAAGUGCCUAGACCGGUACCAAAAUAUGAAGGAGAACAAAAAAUUAUAGAAGUAGAAGUUCCUCAAAUAAAAUAUGUAGAUAAAUUCGUUGAAAAAGAGAUUGUAGUUGAUAUAAAAGAAAAGAUUAUACCCAAAAUUACAGAAGUUGAAAAGCAUGUUGAUGUAGUAAAAUAUCAAUGGAAAGAACAAUAUCAAGAUGUAUCUGUAUGUAAAUAUGUACCAAAAAUAGAUGUCGAAUUAGAUUGCCCACCACCAUUAAUAGUUCCUUAUCCUGAAGUUCAAUUCGAAAAUACAUCUCAAAUUAUCAAUCCUAAUCAAAAAGCAGCAGAUAUUCCUCCAGAGUUACUUUUAAAAAAUACUAAUAUUUAUAAUAUUCCCAAUAUACAUGUAGACGAAUCUGUGAAAAAAUCUCUAUUAGAAAUAGCAAGAUUAAAUCCUCAAAAAAAAAUGCAUACAGAUAAAAAGAAAAAGUGGUCUUUUUGUUCUUUUAAGAAAUGUAACGAAGAAGAAAAGACUGAUGGUGAAGAUAUUGAUCCACAGACAGGAUAUCCUAAAUCAAUGCCUAAAGAUUUUGCAUCAUUUUUUAAAAAAGAUUUAAAUUCAGUUAAAAAACAAAUGGGUCCCCCAACAGAUGCAAAAUCUACUAUUUCUAGCGAUCAUUUAGAAAAAAGCCCUGUUAAUCCUACUAUUGAAUAUUUGGGAAAAAUUGAUAAACCACCAGUUGAUGGAGGAAAAUUAGAUUCUAUAUCAUUUAAAUUACAUGCUAUUGAAGUACAUCAAUAUAUUCCAGUACCAAAUCUUCCUAAACCUAAAUUCCUUGAUUUUGUUCCUCCAGAAAAGAUUCAACAAAAUGAUAUUUCAUGUCUUCAAAAUGUAUUUGGUUCAGUUCCUGAAGGAUGGGUAGAUCCUAACAUUACCGGAUUUAUUGCACCAAUGAUGAAUGAUGUACUACAUGGAAAUAUGCAACUACAAAGCCCUUUGAUUAAUAAAAUAAGUAUUGGAACUAAUAAAAAAACUAAAUCUUUUAUGUCUAUACCUGAUGAUUACAAACAAAAUGGAGAUUCUAUACAAGAUAAUUAUAGUUCUAAAAAUAGCAUGAAUUAUAUUCCCAAUUCUUCAUUAAACAAUAUUGAUGGAAAUGAAGAGUCAUAUGAUGUCAUAAAUUAA